AUGGCAGCCGUCGCAGAUUCCGUCGAGAACGGUGGUGUAGACUUCCCUGAGAACGACAACCAUGUGACGGCGGAAAUCAGUACGACCGCAUUGCUCGAUGAAAAUCCAGGUUCUUUCCCUGAAUUGAAUCCUCCUGAUAGCUUUGCUUCGGAUUCGAAUGAUUCCGCGGCGGAGAGGUGGCCAGGUUGGCCUGGGGAUUGCGUGUUUCGUAUGAUCGUUCCGGUGACUAAGGUCGGAGCUAUUAUCGGACGGAAAGGAGACUUCAUCAAGAAGAUGUGCGAGGAGACUCGUGCUCGCAUCAAAGUCCUUGAUGGUCCCGCUACCACCCCCGAUCGCGUCGUUCUAAUAUCUGGAAAGGAAGAACCAGAGGCCUACAUGUCCCCUGCAAUGGAUGCAGUCGUAAGGGUCUUCAGAAGAGUUUCAGGAUUACCCGAUAAGGAUGAUGACGAUGUUCAAAACGCUGGAAGUGCCUUCUGUUCAGUGCGUUUAUUAGUUGCAUCUACGCAGGCGAUUAAUUUAAUUGGAAAACAAGGAUCCUUGAUCAAAUCAAUAGUAGAGAACUCUGGUGCAUCAGUGCGUAUAUUAUCAGAAGAGGAAACGCCAUUUUAUGCUGCGCAAGAUGAGAGGAUAGUGGAUUUGCAGGGGGAAGCUUUAAAGAUCUUAAAAGCAUUAGAAGCAAUUGUUGGACACCUAAGGAAAUUUCUAGUUGACCAUACUGUGGUUCCUCUCUUCGAGAAGCAAUAUUUAGCUAGAGUCUCUCAAGAUCGUCAGGAAGAACCGUUAGCUGACAACAAGUCAUCUCUCCAUACUCUAUCGUCAAACGUAAUCGAAUCUGAUUUCUCCCUCUUAGCACGGAGGGAAGCACUGUUUCUGGAGCGCGAUUCUCGGGUGGAGUCACGUGUUCAGCCUGCAGGAGUUUCUAUCUACAGUCAGGAUCCUUUUCUGUCCGCUAGACACUCUCCCGGUCUUGCCCGGGUUUCUGCUGCUUUUGUUACACAGGUAUCUCAAACGAUGCAAAUACCGUUCUCCUAUGCGGAAGAUAUUAUUGGUUUAGAAGGAGCUAAUAUAGCGUACAUCCGCCGAAGAAGCGGAGCUACCAUAACCAUUCAAGAGAGUCCACAUCCUGAAGAAGUUACUGUGGAAAUCAAAGGCACAUCUUCUCAAGUACAGACUGCUCAGCAACUGAUUCAAGAGUUCAUCAGCAAUCACAAGGAACCAGUUCCGGUUUCAGCGGGAUAUGCUAGAAUCGACACUGGCUAUGUACCUGCAUAUCCUCCUCAGCUGAGCAACCGUCAAGAGCCGCUCUCGAGCAGCUACAUGGGCGCUGAGACGGUGCAAUACAGACCAACAGCAUAUUCUCAGCUGGCCGGUCCUUCGACGUACACGCCUUCACUGACUGGCCAAACUUAUGGUACGGAAUAUAGACCGGCUUCUGAUGUUGGUGGCUACAGCAGUUAUAAUCUUUGA